AUGGGGAACGUGAGAUCUCUCGCCAACAAGAUCGACGAGCUCGCGGCGCUCACACGGUACCAGCCGGAGUACAGAACGAGCAGCGUCCUGCUGUUCACGGAGACCUGGCUGACGUCACUCAUCCCGGACUCGACUGUCGCACUGGACAAUUUUCAUCUGCUACGUGCGGACAGAACGGAGAACAGCGGUAAGAGGAAGGGAGGGGGUCUGGCUGUGUUUGUGAACAUCAGGUGGUGUAUGCCACGACACUGCACUGUCAAAAUGAAGCUGUGUAACAGGGACAUUGAGCUUUUAGCGGUGGGCAUGAGGCCAUUCUACCUGCCACGGGAGUUCACACGCGUUAUAAUAAUUGCUGUGUACGUCCCACCCUCCGCUAACGCUGACACAGCUUCUGAGACCCUGCUCUCAGUCACCAGCAGGCUGCAAACACAGCACCCACAGGCCCUCUUCCUGAUCUCUGGGGACUUUAACCAUGCACCUCCUUCAGCUGCUCUGCCUACAUACACCCAGUAUGUGACCUGCCCCACCAGAGACAAUAAAACACUGGACUUAUUCUAUGCCAACACCAAAGAGGCCUACACUGCAUCCUGCCUCCCACCACUGGGCAGAGCUGACCACAACAUCCUGCAUCUCCUGCCUGUGUAUAAACCUGUUGUACACAGGCAGCCGGUGGUGCCCCGCACAGUGAAGAGGUGGACAGCUGAGAGCGAGGAGGCUCUCAGGGACUGUUUUAACACCACUGUGUGGACGGAGCUCUGCGACCCACAUGGGGAGGACAUUAACGCAAUAACAGACUGUGUAACGGACUACAUAAACUUCUGCUGUGAAAACACUGUUCCCACCAGGCGGGUUCGGUGUUUCACUAACAGCAAGCCAUGGGUCACCCCUGAUAUUAAAGCUCUGCUAAAGGAGAAGAAGAGAGCAUUUAAAUCAGAGGACAGGGAGGAGCUGAGGAGGGUGCAGAAGGAGCUGAGGAGGAAAAUCCAUGGACCUGCUGAUGUCCUGUCAUGCCUAGUUCACCUUUGUUUCCUACCAUGUGAUCACCAGCUGUGUCCCAUCAUCAAUCACCUCCCUUCAUUUAAGCACCUGCACGUCCCUUUGUUCUCUGUCAGUUAGUUGUUGUCGAGCACCUGGUUUGCCUGUCUUCCAGACAACUCAAUGUAAGUCUAUGGUUUUGACUACUGCCUGUUUUUGACCGCGUUUGCCUUGUCCAUGCCGGUACCUCUGCUCUCCUCCAGAGAGGAGGCCAUUCUGGUUCCUGUUGGCCCCAGAGAGGAGGCCAUUCUAAAUCCUGUUGGCUCCAGAGAGGAGUCUGCGCGCAGCCCUGUCGGCUUUGAAGAGGAGUCCGCACGCAGCCCUGCCGGCUUCGAAGAGGAGUCCGCACGCAGCCCUGCCGGCUUCGAAGAGGAGUCCGCACGCAGCCCUGCCGGCCCUGUAGCAGUGGCCGUUCCUGUCCCUGUCGGUCCUGAGGAAGCGGCCGUGUUGCCCACUGCUGGUCCUGGAGAGGAGGUCAUUCUGUACCCUUUCGGCCCAGAAGAGGCCGUUCCAGCCCUUGUCGGUCCAGAAGAGGCCGUUCCAUACUGGUCCGGAUCCUGGUGCCUUCUGUUUCUACACAGGAGUCAUGCCUGGAGGUGCCGAUGGUUCCUGCAGAGACACGUCUGCUUCCGCCCCUGGGGGUCCAAGGUUCAGCUCCUGGUGGUCCGGCACUGAGCGUCUCAGCUCCUGGUGGUCCGACCACGUCUGCCUUAGUUCCUGGUGGCCCGGCGCUUACCACGUCUGCAUCAGUUCCUAGUGGUCCGGCAUCUGCUACGUCUGGGAUCGUCUCUGGUUCUGGCUCCGGUGUCAUGUCUGUCCUCGUCUCUGGUUCUGGCGCCACGUCUGUCCUCGUCUCUGGUUCUGGCUCUCGUCUCGUCCGCCUGACUGGUGGCCUCACCCUUGGCGCAGCCUGCCGCAGGGGUGACGCUGCCUUCUGCCUUCUUUAAGGCAGCUCCCCGCCUGGAGAAUGCUGUCGCCUGCCACAGCGGUGGUACGAUCUCUGCUGUCACCGACUGCCUCAACCCCUCAGCCUCCCGGAGCCUCGCUCACCUAGAGGACAUUUUCGUUCGUUUCGGGCCAUUGAAGGCGUCUUGUUUAGAUGUCGGCCCCCUUGGACGCUAGCCCAGCCCUUGGGCACUAAGUGUGUCGCUCUGCCCCAGCUGCUGCUGGGCAGGAUCUCCCCUCGUCACCACCCUCCGUGAGAGGGCAGUUUAGACACUGUGUUGUUCCUGUGCUUUGGACGUUGAUUGGACUUGUGGACGUGUGUAUUGGACUCUGAGUCAUUUUUUCGGUUAUCUGGCACCUGCACGUCCUUUGUUCUCUGUCAGUUAGUCGUUGUCAAGCACCCAGUUUGUCUGUCUUUCAACCAACUCAAUGUAAGUCUAUGGUUUUGACCCGUGCCUUUUUUUAACCGCGUUUGCCUUGCCUGUACCUCUGCUUAAAGAUUGUGUUUUCUGGUUCUGA